CUAAUCAACAAAGACCCAGAAGGUCCUCGUAGAUCUGGUUGUAAGCGCCAAUGGAAGACACAAAUUGGACGCGACUUCAUUUCUGCCCAUGCGGACCCUGAAAGCGAACGGCAGAGAGAUCGGUGCUCAAAGAGCGCAUCUGGUGCCUCUUCGGUGUCGUUGAGGAAGCGGUCGACACAUGGACCACUCAAUACGCCCAUGGGCCUGCACGCAAACAAAGACGCAAAGGCAAAGACAUGUGCUUUCUGUCUGGCAAAAUCAACGAGAGAGCGGUUGCCUACGUUACAGAUGAUGACGACGGCGUGUAUCUCUUCAUUGGUUGGAGAUGAGCCGCGAACGCACAAAGAGGCCAUGACCUGCAAAGACAGGAAGGAAUGGCAGAAAGCAAGCGACAAAGAAAUGACAUCGAUGGAUGAGAAAGGUGUCUAUGUGUACGUACCACAU